CGCUGCAGUGCGCAGGAGCCCGCGGUCCGCACCCCAGCGCCGGGAGCCCGAGCGCGAGCAACGUCCGGAGCCAGGCAGGGGUCGCCGCAGCCUGGAUGCGCCCUGUGGCGCGCGCGCACGCAGCAUCCCGAGCCUCCCGCCGCGCGGCGGGGAUGCCUGCUCUCCGAGCCCCGGGGCUGGGCCCCCGGCGGUAACCGGAGCGGGGGGGCGCGCCCCCCCAGCAGCAGCUGCCGCGCCCGCGCCCGGGCCAGUCGCCGCCGGGGCCCAUCGCCUGUCGCCGCGCUCUGCGCACCCACCGCCUUGCGCGGCCAUGGGGACGCUGCUGGCUCUCGUGGUGGGCGCGGCGCUGGUAUCCUCAGCCUGGGGGGGCUGCGUGGAGGUGGAUUCCGAUACCGAGGCUGUGUAUGGGAUGACCUUCAAAAUCCUGUGCAUCUCCUGUAAGCGUCGUAGUGAGACCACCGCCGAGACCUUCACGGAGUGGACCUUCCGCCAGAAGGGGACAGAGGAAUUUGUCAAGAUCCUACGCUAUGAGAAUGAGGUGCUGCAGCUGGAGGAAGAUGAGCGCUUUGAGGGCCGAGUGGUGUGGAACGGUAGUCGGGGCACCAAGGACCUGCAGGACCUGUCCAUCUUCAUCACCAACGUCACCUACAACCACUCUGGCGACUACGAAUGUCACGUCUACCGUCUCCUCUUCUUUGAUAAUUAUGAGCACAACACCAGCGUCGUCAAGAAGAUCCACCUGGAGGUGGUGGACAAGGCCAACAGAGAUAUGGCAUCCAUCGUGUCGGAGAUCAUGAUGUACGUGCUCAUUGUGGUGUUGACCAUAUGGCUCGUGGCAGAGAUGGUGUACUGCUACAAGAAGAUUGCUGCUGCUACGGAGGCUGCUGCGCAAGAGAACGCCUCAGAAUACCUGGCCAUUACAUCCGAGAGCAAAGAAAACUGUACAGGCGUCCAGGUGGCUGAAUAGCGCUGGCUCUGGGCUCCGCCUCAUGGAAGAGCCAGCCCCUACGGGUACCCUCCCGCCCUACAGUGGGGAUCAGCCCCUGGUGGGUACCCUCCCCCGGCAGUGGGGAUCAGCCCUUCGGUCUCCCCAGCCUCACAGUUCUGCAGUGGAGCCACGAGGGUGGGAGCGGGCAGGGACUGAUCCCACCUCACCCACCGCCUCCCACCUACCCUCCCACCGCCAUGCAUGAUGGGUGAAGCAAUAUGGCCGCCCCACCCUGCUUUUGCUGCCUGUUUGGGGGAGGGGGCGGUGAGGCGAGGGGGCAGGCCCCGCCCCUUCUUUUUGCUGAUUUGCACAUAGGCCACUUCCCACACGCACUGCCAGGCCAGCCGGCCCCACCCCUGCUUGAUGGGGUCAAGAGGGGUCGGGACAGGGACAGUAGUGGGCAGGAGGUUCUGGGCCUCAUCUCCCCUCCGCUUCCUCCGGCUGGACCUGGGGUUCCCUUCCUGUGACACCUCCUAGCCCUGGCCCACCCGCCCUCUCUCACCAGCCUUCAAUUGUGGUCUCUUGGGAAGGGCCUCUUCGGCCUCCUCUCUUUACAGAAGUAGUUUUUGUUCAUGAAAUAAAGAUUCUUGGACUCGA